AUGGUCUCACUGCCGUCAGUACGCGCAUGCAUCUUUGAUGUAGACGGCACUCUCAUCAACUCCGAGGACAUCUAUACGGACAUCUACAACAAUAUCCUUCGCGAGUAUGGAAGACCAGAGUACCCUUGGAAGAUCAAAGCUACGCAGCAAAGUAGAGGUACAAGGGGUACAAAGCGCCUGCUAGACUGGGCUCAAGUACCCCUCACACCCGCACAAUGGUCAGCAAAGGAGAAAGAGAGUACACAGCUUUUCAAGAAUAGCAAGCUGCUCUCAGGUGUCGAGACACUUCUUACUACCCUCAAAACAAGAACGUCGCCUCCCGUGCUCCUCUCACUAGCUAGUUCUGCUGGCCACCAAAAGUUUGCACUCAAGACGUCGCACAUACCACUCAUUAAUGAAGCAUUCGAUGACCCAGCCUUCCACGUCUUUGGUGACGACCCCGAAAUGUCCGAUAGUCAGAAAAAACCAGAACCCGAUAUCUUCCUCAUUGCUCUAAAGAGACUAAACGAUGCUGAGACAGCCCGCGGAGAGCGGAGUUUGGAGCCCAGUGAGUGUUUAGUGUUUGAAGAUUCAAUUGCUGGGGUUGAGGCAGCGAGGAAGGCAGGUAUGCGGGUCGUUUGGGUGCCUCACCUUGGGCUGGCGGAGGUUUGUAAAGGGAGGGAGAUGGAUGUGCUUAUGGGUAGGACGGAGGAGGAUGGCAAUGUGCCGAGGUAUGGGGAGCCCGCGGAGGGGGUUGCCAAGAGUCCUGUGGUGACUGAAGAUGGACGAAUGGUAUCGGAGGAUGGAAUGGCGGAGCUGAGGUCUAGUCUUGAAAACUUUCCGUAUGCUGCGUAUGGCAUUGAAGUUGCGCAGUAA